AUGAUUGCAUCCCGCCGUCGCCUCCUUACCAUACUGUCUCAACUGUUUGCUCUUCUCUGUGGCCAAUGGAUCGGGUAUAUCGAUAUGUUGUCAUCCGAUGAAUGUGGCUCUUGUUAUUUUCAUGAAGACACCCUGAGCGACACAUAUAUCGAAGACUAUGAUGAGAGUGCCUGGGCGAGUAACCCCUGCCCAAUCACAAUCCACAUCGAUGCUUCCAUCAGUGUACUCGGUAAUGGCAAUACAAUCAUUAUACCCUCCGUGACUAGUCCCCGGCAAGGCAUACCCUCUCAACCAGAGAGAACUGAACAUUCAACAACAGCAACAACUUCAUCACAAUCCUCUCCUUCUUUGCCGGUAUCAACCUCUGCUACAACCAUCCUCCAAUCAACGCAGAAACAGCGCCAGACAAAACUUACCGAACUGGCCACUUCCAUCAUAUCUGCCCUCCAAGGCUCAUCUGCCCUAUCACAAAACAAAGAAGACGACGGUAGCAGCCGACCUUUACCGAUCGAAAUCAACAUCAACACCGGUGUCAAGAUUGAAGGGAGCAGGAAUGUGAUCUGUGCCGGUACGCCGACCCGAUUGCUUGAUCCUAAGAGAAAUGUACAAAAUAACAACAAGAACGGGAUGGAUGGUGAUAAAUGCAGCGCUGAGAAGAAAAGACGAGCCCAAUCUAUAUGCGCAAUGCUUUCUGGGCCGUCUGAUUGA